AUACAGGGUCUGUUUGAAGAACAACCGCAAGUGCAGUAACGUCGACUAGCUAGAAAGGCUAACGCUAAUAGUUUGUCAUGCAAACUCAGGCUAGCAUGAGGUGUCCGUGCUUACUUAAACAUGGAUAAUGUGGACAGUGUUUAGAAAUUCGAGCAGACAGUUCAGCACAACAUGUGGAGUACAAGCUGGAGAGAAAUGGAGGAAAGAACACGGGCUGGCUCGAAGCGGCACAGAGUAUGGACCUCUGACAGAUCUGCCUGACUGGUCCUUUGCAGAUGGAAGACCAGCACCGCCGCUGAAGGGCCAGCUGAGAAGAAAGCAAGAGAGGGAAGUUUUAGCUAAACGUAUUGUGAUGCUGAACUCUGAGAUGGACAGAGGCAUAGAGAUGUGGAAGGGAAGGGUAGAAGAGGCUGAAAGAAUGGAGGAGCACAAAAAGUCUCUUUUACUCAAACCUAAAGGGAAGCGUUUACUGAAGAAGACGCCUCAAAACUAGGAACGGGUUUUCACUAUGAUCCUUAUUCUGAUCAAUAUUGUGACAGACUAUUGGAUAUGUUCAUAAGGAUGCAUGUUUUUUUUUUCCUGCAUUAUAGUUUGUUAUUCAUGGAUUGAUGAAAUAAAUGUUUCUGAAUUAUAUUUUUA